UCUACCCCAGCUGACUGGCAGUACUUGUUUACUGGUGGAGGUACACAGGGAGAGACGAGAGGGGGAAAACCAUACUGCCGACAACACGAGAGAAGUUUUUCCCACUUUCAGCCCAUUCCCACGCCAAUGAGUUCAUCUAAACCGCACACUGGGGUCUUGUGGACGGAAUUGAGUGGUUUUAUGGGCAGGCCCGACACGCGUUGGACGCUGGUCUGUUGAUUAACGUGGAAGAUUAAAACGCAACGCGACCGUGACGCGCGUACGCUCACACACUUCGGGAGCAUUGUGCUAGAAGCAAAGACUUUAGGGAAAUAUCCAUAUUUUUAUUUGGCUCUCAACGCUUUGAAAAUACACAAACGUGUGUGGAUACUUAAUUUUAGGGGACGGUGGCUUAUCUGACAGCGGAAUAGCAAAAAAGCUCUUUUGGUUUAUAUGCAUGUGUAUAUGGGGGCGAGGAGAUGCCCAUUUUUCUGAUAAGAACAUUUGGCAAUACAUGAAACGACCCGUGGAAUAACGCAUAUAUUUUGCCUCUGCCCUCAGAGACACUAAAAUCUGUCAAAUUAUUGGAAAUUUUGACUAUUUGGAAACAUCUGCAAGCUUUUCUGAGAACUGUGGAUUUUUUCCCCCAUUUUUUUAAGGCAGCCUGGGCUACUAUACUCUUAUUAAUUUUACAGGAAUUUGCAAACUAAAACAGGGGUAUGAAAAAGUUGCAAUGUACUGUACCCUUAAGGGUACCUCAUUCCUAGAAGUGUGGGGUUGAUUCCAUGGAAGAAAUGCAUGGACGUUUUUCAUGCCUGAUCUACUCAAAGCAGAGAUGCAUCUGAAAAAUCGCUCAAAAUGAUUUUUAUUCAUUUAUUUUUCACUAGAGUGCAAGAUCAUGUUAUUUAAUAGUAAUUUAACCCGUGCUGUGUAGGCAACAACUACUUAAAUUGAACAUUAUUUUUAACUGAAGCACGCUGGACCCCUGGGUCCCCUUCUUGGGGGGUCUCAUUUAAGUUGUCGCUGGGAUUGAGACUUUAUUGGCCUGGAUAUAAGCUAAUUAACGUUUUAUUUUCUUUUGUUGAUUUUUGACACGCCAGAGGAGGAUUUAUUUUUCAAGAAAACUAAAACGUGUCGCGAGACAUAAUGCGGCUGGACACAUCUGUGGUUGUUUUGGUCACUUUCGCCUACAUCGUGUGCCUCUGCGGAUCGCUACAUGGAGAAAUUUGCCCCAGCACGGACAUCCGCAACAAUGCGACCAACCUGCGCGUUCUCGAGAACUGCACGGUGAUCGAGGGCCACCUGAAGAUCCUGCUCAUGUUCAAGACCAGACUGGAGGACUUCCGAGGCUUGAGUUUUCCAAAGCUGGUCAUGAUUACAGACUACCUGCUCCUCUUCCGCGUCUACGGCCUGGAGAGUCUCGGCGACCUCUUCCCGAACCUCACCGUCAUCCGUGGUAACAACCUCUUCUUCAACUACGCCCUAGUCAUGUUCGAAAUGAUCCAGCUGAAGGAAAUCGGCCUCCACAGCUUGACAAACAUCACACGUGGGGCGGUACGCAUCGAGAAGAACCCAGACCUCUGUUAUUUGUCCACUCUCGACUGGUCCAAGAUCUCAGACUCGAUGGAGGACAACUACAUUGUGGCAAACAAGGAUGACCGGGAGUGCGGAGACAUUUGCCCGGGUACCAUCACGGGAACGAUAACCUGCAAACAGACCACAAUCAACGGGAAUUUCGGAGAACGAUGCUGGAACCAGAACCAUUGCCAGAGAAUUUGUCCUUCCGAAUGUGUCCACAGUGCCUGUACCCCCCAUAAGGAGUGCUGUCAUGAUCAGUGUCUGGGCGGCUGCUCUGUGCCAGGGAACGCAACCAAAUGCGUAGCUUGUCGCAACUUCCUGUUUGGCGAGGCCUGCGUGGAGCGCUGCCCGCCGGGCUACUACACCUUCAAGGGAUGGCGCUGCGUGUCCUUAAAAUUCUGCCAGGACCUCCACAACCAGUGCAAGGGCAAGAGCGGCGACUGCCAUCAGUACGUCAUCCACAACGGGGCCUGUAUCCCAGAAUGCCCGUCUGGAUACACCACCAUGAAUUCCACCACGUUGAACUGCACGCCAUGUGCCGGACGAUGUCCCAAACUUUGUACGGGGGUGAAGACGGUGGACUCGGUCAUGGCCGCUCAGGCUCUGCGGGGCUGUACGGUGCUCAACGGCAGUCUGAUCAUCAAGAUCAGCGGAGGAAACAAUAUCGCGGCAGAGCUGGAGGCCAGUCUGGGUCAGCUGGAGGAGAUCACGGGCUACCUGAGCAUCCGCAGAGCCUACGCUCUCGUCUCCCUCUCCUUCCUCCGCAAGCUGCGUGUCAUUCGCGGUGAAACGCUGGAAGCGGGGAACUACUCGUUCUACGCCAUGGACAACCAGAACUUGCGGCAGCUGUGGGAUUGGUCCAAACACAACCUCACCAUACUCAACAGCAGGAUGUUCUUCCUCCACAACACCAAACUCUGCAAGUCUGAGAUCCUCCGGAUGGAAGAAGUGACCGGGACCAAGGACAGGAUCCCUAAAAAUGAAAUCAGCAUCCCCGCUUAUGGAGACCAGGCCUUCUGUGAGAACCAAGUUCUUAAAUUUACGCUAAUCCGCACGACCCACGACAAGAUCCUCAUCAAGUGGGAGCCGUUCUGGCCCUCAGACUUCAGAGACCUGCUGGGAUUCAUGGUCUUCUAUAAGGAAGCUCCUUAUAGGAACGUGACAGAAUAUGACGGACAGGACGCCUGUGGCUCUAACAGUUGGGCGAUAGCCGACGUGGAGCCUCCACAACGCGUCACCGAGGGCAACCAGAUAGAGCCGGGUCAUCUCAUCAUGCCUCUGAAGCCCUGGACCCAGUACGCCAUCAUGGUCAAAACCCAACUCGCCGCCUCUGAUGACCAUCAGGUCCGUGGGGCCAAAAGCGAGAUCAUCUACGUCCGCACCAACGCCACCAGACCCUCGGUACCACUGGACCCCACUUCCAGGUCCAUCUCCUCCUCACAGAUCAUUCUCAAGUGGAAGCCACCCUCCGAUCCCAACGGAAACAUCACCCACUACAUCAUCUACUGCCAGAAGCAGAAUGAGGACAUCACGCACUACAAGUUCGACUACUGCCAGCAAGGAAUGAAAGUGCCGUCCCAUACCCCUACACACCACGACACUGAAGACGACCAGAAGGGGAACCAAACGGAGGUGCCCGAUGAAAAGGGCCGUUGCUGCGCCUGCCCCAAAACAGAGACGCAGCUGAAGAAAGAAGCCGAAGAGUCCGAAUUCCGCAAGACCUUUGAGAACUACCUCCACAAUGAAGUGUUUGAACCCAGACCCCACCGACGGCGCCGUUCAGUGGGUGUAGCCAAUGCUACUUUGCCGAAUUUUGCAAUCACACCGUCCAGCCUGCCCAACUUUGCCACCACUUUAAGCCCAGAGGACAAGAGCCCGAAGAUGGUGUUCAAAGCCAGCUCCAAAGAGUCCACGGUCAUCUCCGACCUGCUCCACUUCACCAGCUACCAGAUCGAGAUCCAGGCCUGCAACGACCCCACAGACCAGAGCCGCUGCAGCAUGCCUACAUACGUCAAUGCCCGCACGCUGCCUGAACAAAAAGCAGAUAACAUUGUCGGGCCAGUGACUCACGAAUUUCUUCCUGAAGAACCGGAAUUCGUCUAUAUCAAAUGGAAGGAACCAAGAGCACCCAAUGGCAUGAUCAUACUAUAUGAAAUCAAGUUCUUGAGGAUGUCAGAUAACUAUGAGGAUCAAAUCUGUGUGUCCAGAAUCACUUAUGAGAAAAAUCAUGGCUGUCGAUUAAGAGUAGGGCAUCCUGGGAAUUACAGUGUGAGAAUCCGCGCCACCUCGCUGGCCGGCAACGGUUCCUGGACGGAGCCUAUGUACCUCUUUGUUCAAGACAAGGAAAUGAACAUGAAAAUCAUCAUCGGCCCGGUCAUCUGCUUCAUUGUACUGCUGUUUCUGGCCAGUACAGUCUUUAUUGUCCUUAAGAAGAAACAAACUGAAGGACCGACUGGCCCAUUAAUUGCUUCCUCAAACCCUGAAUAUUUAAGUGCAAAUGAUGUGUACAUCCCAGACGAAUGGGAGGUGCCUCGGGAGAAGAUCAAUGUUUUGAGAGAGCUCGGUCAGGGAUCGUUCGGAAUGGUGUAUGAAGGCAUCGCUAAAGACAUUGUGAAGGGUGAGCCGGAGACGCGAGUGGCUGUGAAAACUGUCAACGAGUCUGCGAGUCUACGUGAGAGGAUCGAGUUCCUUAAUGAGGCUUCUGUCAUGAAAGCAUUUAGCUGCCAUCAUGUGGUCCGCUUGCUUGGUGUGGUAUCUAAGGGGCAACCAUCAUUGGUCGUGAUGGAAUUGAUGACGCAUGGUGAUCUGAAAAGCUACCUGCGUAGCCUGAGACCUGAUUCUGAAAAUAACCCAGGCCGUCCACCACCAACCCUGAAGGAGAUGAUCCAAAUGGCAGCGGAGAUAGCAGAUGGCAUGGCAUACCUCAACGCUAAAAAGUUUGUCCACAGAGACCUUGCUGCCAGAAACUGCAUGGUGGCUGAAGAUUACACUGUGAAAAUUGGAGAUUUCGGUAUGACGCGAGAUAUCUAUGAGACUGAUUAUUAUCGCAAGGGCGGGAAAGGCUUACUGCCUGUCAGAUGGAUGGCGCCAGAGUCCCUAAAAGAUGGCGUUUUCACCGCUCACUCUGACUGCUGGUCUUUUGGAGUGGUAUUAUGGGAGAUCAACACGCUUGCUGAGCAGCCUUACCAGGGACUGUCCAAUGAGCAAGUGCUCAAGUUUGUCAUGGAUGGAGGAUACCUGGACAGACCAGAGAACUGUCCAGAGAGAAUGCACAACCUCAUGCAGAUGUGUUGGCAGUACAACCCGAAGAUGCGGCCCACCUUCCACGAGAUCAUCGAGAUGAUGAAGGAGGACCUGCAUCCCACUUUCCAAGAGGUCUCCUUCUUCUACAGCGAGGAGAACAAACUGCCUGAGACCGAGGAGUUCGAUAUGGACUUCGAGAACAUGGAAAGCAUACCACUGGACCCCUCAUCCUAUUCCCAACGUGAGGAGAGCCUCAGUAGAGACAACGGCCCCUCGGUGGGCCUACGGGGCAAUUAUGAGGAGCACGUGCCCUAUACACAUAUGAACGGUGGAAAGAAAAAUGGCAGAAUUCUGUCUUUACCCAGAUCUAGUCCGUCCUAACGUUUGCCUCGGCUUUUCCUCUCAUUUUUUUAAAGAAAAGUUUUUAAAUGCGUUAUUUUUGCAGAGGCCCUUAAAGAUACAGAUCUCAGGUCUUUUUUGUUGUUGUCGUCGUCGUCGUCGUCGUUUUUGUCUCAUGCUACACUAGUAUGGUUACCACGAAAACGGACGUUUUUUCAUCCAGCGCACCAUUCGCUUUCUGACACUUUUACACUUUUGCCAAGUUUCCAGACAGUUUGGUUGGGCAAACUGUGAACAUGACUAAAUCAACCAGAAAAGCUGCUUCAGCUACGUCACCUCAAAGUCCACUUCCUUCUCCCUUGGAUGCUUAUUUCCUGUCUUUUUUUUGUUUUGUUUUUUGUUUUUUUGUUUUUUAAGUGGAAAUCUUUUAAGAUAGUGGCCUUUUAUUACGUGGCCUAUAAAAAAAAAGAGAAGUGUCUAUCAAUGCUUGUGUUAAUAAUUUCUUUAGAACAAUGACUUUACAGUGUGGAACUAUGGGAUGGCUUAUAUUCUUUUAGAACAAACGUUUGUUUUCUAGAGGAAUGACUUUUAUUUUGUCCUGGAGAAUUCCUGAAUUCACAUAGAUGAUUUUCACAUUAUGUUCUGGUGAAUGAGGUUUAAUUUAUUUGCUUUAUUUUUUUCUCUGAGCUUUUUACUCCUGUGUCCUUUUUACCGGCUGAAGGAUAUUUAACAGUUAUGAAUUGGACAAAAGAGUUACUCAGACUGACCAAUAGCUGCUGCUCUGAUAUAAAGUGGGUAUAUAUAGAUUGGUAUCAGUAUUUUAAAUAUAUUAUUCACAACAUCUGAACUUUUGUACAUAAUUCUAAUGUCUUUUUCUAAUGUCUUCAUCAGCUUUGCUUAUACAUUUUUUUUUUCUUCUUUUUUUGCAACAGAAUCUCUUUUUAUGAGCUCUUUUUAAUGUCUAACCAAAAAAAAACGUCACAUUAAUUAACGUGCAGGUCGACUCACAGGGAUAUUCCAGUACACAAAGGGGAGCAUUUUUGGUUUAGUCUAAAAUAUUGAAUAUCAAAAUGUCAAUUUCAAUUUGGGAUAGUUAAUAAUAACUAUAAAAUUCAUAAUAGUAAAAAUAAUAAUUAUUAUUGAAUUAAAAAUACACAUAUUUGAAGAUAGUAAACAAAUAGAAUUGUUGUAAGAUAUCCCUCAGUUUAAUUUUGGGAUUCCGAGUGCUGUUAUAGAGAAUGUUUUGGGAAUGUUUUGAAGGAUCGCCUUCAGUGGGAUAUGAAAGGUUGUUUUUUGCUCGAUUUACCUGAUUUAGGAUCUUAUUGUGAAAGAUAAGCUUGUCUACCGAGGGACGCUGAGUGGAAAUAUACUAAUUCGACCUGGAUCAAUAAAGCAUUCCAGUAAGUUAUCAGGCUCCGGUACCUGUUAAAGUAUCCAAAAGUGAGAGUAGUUCUCGCACGGCAUCACAAAACAAUGGCGUUUACUCUGUAGUUCUGAGAAAGCGAAGUCUUAGAAGACCAAUGGGAAAUAAGCUUCCUUCUCUUUGUCAGAAUGAUGCCGCUUAACCCCUUAAAGAAGAAAAAAGCAGUUAACCUUCACAGCUUUCGUAUGCAGACGCUCAAUUCCUCAACUUUGUGCCUUCUCCCAUCGCCAGAGGCAAGAGAGAUGGCAUUUUUACUGGAUCUUACUUGUCGUCAUCAACAAUGUGCACAUUUCAUGUAUGUGCGUGUAUAUUUGUGUAUGUAUAUUUAUUUGUGGGUAGUUGGGAGGGAAACGGCAAAACGAGGCUAAAAUUCACGCGCAAGCUUUUGUAAACAUGUUUGCCAUUUCCUCACCAUAAUGCUCACGUUUUUUUACCGUAGCCUGAUAGAAAAAUGCUCCCUUUUUCUCGACCUUAUUGGCUUUUUUUUUUUCAGAUGUACAUAGCACAAUCAAAGAAAUCAAACUUGUUUGUAGCUCUUCGUUACACUAUUACUAUUAGCAGUGAGCAGACAUCUAUAUGAUUUUUUUUUUCUCCCUAAAUUACAAGAUUAUCAUAUCUUUGAAAAGGCAGAUGUUGAAAUUUGUAUUUAUUUUAUGAUCCUCAUAAUUAUGAAAAUCCCUGCUAGCUUUUAUUACAGUACUCUAAGGCGGGUAAAGCUAGUCUUUUUUUGGUGUUUUUGUUUUUGUUUUUUAAAGAGAGAUACAGCUGGCGAGGCCGAGAAUACAGUGGGUUUACUAGCGCUAAAGUGUUUUAGUUGGUUGUUUGGACACAGUCUACCUCAGUAUUUUGUUAGAAAUUUAUUAGAGCCGAGUGCAUCUCUCUUUAGUUGUUUGAAUUUCUUUAUCAGGCUUGUUUCGGGGCAGCGAACACCACAGCUACAAUCCCUAAUUCGGCCACUAGAGGUUCUCUCUCGCAAUUACGAACAUUAAACCUUAUUUCCCUUCGGCAAUUUGUUCGAUUUUGAUUUUGGAGAAAGCUUUGAACCCAAAGAGUCACUUUAGCGGGUUGCGUCUUUCGUUUGAGUCAUCUGAAUUACGCAGAGUCAGUUUAUUUGCGCAACAACGAGAUAAAAUGAUCACUUAAAAAAUUUAACCAUGGAGUAUUACAAAGGUACAACGUCAAAUACUGUGAGGUGUGUGGGAAAAACUAGUUUUUAUUGUACGGUACACCGUUUGGCUCUGUAAUGCUAGGAGUUUUAUACGGUCUAUUACAUAAAGCACUUAUUUGAAUAAUACAAAAAAGCCACUUGUCAUUAGUCCGUAUUUUUUCUUGCGAUUUCAGCUGAAUUGAACCUUUCAGGUCACGUCCAAAGAGUGGAUGACUACUGAAUCACAGUUUAUUGCGCAAAAAUGCCCACGAAACACAUUUUGUGUUAUUUUUAUUUUUAUUGGCUAUGUAGUUACAGUGGGCGUUUAACCGUUGGUGAAACAGCUCUUUGCUCGCUGCAAUAUCUUACCGAACAAACUGAUGCCCACCCCAAGUUCAGUGUAGUUUCUUUUGCAUAUAAAAAAAAAAUCUUUUCUUUUUUGUUUGUUUGCUCCAAAUGUGAUUGUCAAUGUCUUUUUUUUUUUUUUAUCCAUGUGUUUUUCUACUGUGAAAAUUUCUAUCAAUGCCAUAGUUUAUAGUAAACACGGACUUCACCUCUGCCUCUCCUUACACGUGCGUUCAUGAAUAUUCUUGCAGACAAUCCUAUGUGCCAUAGAAACGUUUUUUUUUUUUUUUCCUCAGGGAGAUGUGAGCGUUGGGUUUUGUUAAUCGGAGGAGCAUCAAUUAUCCACUGCUAGCUUAAUCGUACGAGAAAAACUUAAGGAUGGACAACUGCAAAAACAAUGCCUUUGGGUGCCUGUCGUGCAUCUCUAAAGCAUUUAGCAUAUUUUGUUGCCUCUCCAUUGUGUGUCGGGGAAUAAAUUGAGCGCCCCCUGGUGGAUCCGUAGUGCCUUGCACAAACCUAAGUAUCCUCCAAGCCAAACCUGGCCAACAAACUCCCUGGACCGGAUUGUUUUUCACCCAACAUCCUCAAAAUACUGGAGCCUAUUGUACAGAUUUCUAGACGUAGGUACACAGGUUAGCACAUCUUCGGCUCAACGCUUGGCUCGGUUUUACUGUAUUGGUAUAUGUGAAUGAUAUUCUUUUAUUUUUAUUUUGAAUUAAGCUGAACUUGUCUCUUCUUGGAAAUGCUACAGCUUGUGUUGUGCGCUUGGCAGACUGCCCGACGUCGUACGAUAGAUUCACCAAACAACAACUUUGGCAGCUCCCAGUGUAUAAAUCUAAAUUAAGAGAAUAUAAUUUUGAUAAAUGACCUUAAAUUUUCACUCAAACCCAAAUGCGGUUUUCUACAGCAAGCUAGAAGAGCAAAACAGGUCGAGAGCAAGGCAUUGUAUGUAUUUUAUUGUUUUUAAAAGGAAAAAAGUAUUACACGUAGAGAUAUUAAUUUCUAUUUUUUUAGUCAAAAUAGGGAGGGCAAAUUCAAUAACUUUUUUGACUGACUGUAAACUUUUACUAUUCAUGUACAUUACGGAAUUAACAUUAUCAAUGUAUAUAGCUUUCUUUUCAAUAAAAGUGUGAUGUCUUUUGUUCAUGGCAUUACACUGUGAUUCAGAGAUAUAAAUGACAUCGAUUUUACUCUCCAAACUGAUCGGAUGACAAACCCGUUCGGGGUUUGGCCUACAAUGAUGUUCUUUGUACGACAUUGCAUUGUUGUUUCAUUCUUUUUAUUUCAUGUACAACUACUUGUUUGCCAUCCAAGAAAUGAUUGCAUAUCCUUUGUCAGCAUUUUGUAUCUGUAAAUUGUUACCCUUUUCUUUGUACGAUACGGAAAAUUCCUCUACGUGGCGAUUCAUAAAGGUGACCGUUUGAAUAAACAGUUGUUUUUCAAUGUGAAAAACUGGAAAAGACCACUGCAGACUUUAUUAUAAGCUACAAUCAUACAAAAAUAAAGGUAUGAUUGACAUCUGAAACGAUUGACAACUUACACAUACAGAUGACAGAGAGCAAAUCUGGAUGAUAAAAUCAUGUUGACCCCAGUUACAGUACAUCAGCAAGUCAAGUUUUGUUAAUAUUGAAUGUGUUAAAUGUUUAUUUCUUAUGUAAAUCUGACAUCUUUUGGGCUUAUAUGUGAUAGACGGACAUGUUUCAAAUGGUCUGGCCUGUUUAAACCAUCAAAUUAGCAGCAAAUUAUGUGUUUUCCAAAUGUUGUCCUGUAACAUUUUCUCUUUGGUUGAAAGUUUCACCAUUUUGUUUGUUUUGUUUAUCCCUGCUGUUCCUUGUUUCAUUUUUUGUUUGUUUUUUGUGUAUUUUAUUCUUCCUCUGUGCACAUAGACGAUCCCCAGACAAUGUUUUUUUGUAGUCCCGUCAUUCACCUGUAUUGUAGAAAAUGUUAUUUAAUCAUCAACACACACUUUCCCCUCAACUUUCCCUUCACUGGUUGAAUUUGUGCCAUUUACGUUGCGGUACACGAGCGUAUGGAAAACCAUCGUCACUUAUUUAAACAAAACAACUAAUCUGUCUGACCAGGAUCAAACUGUGCCAUGAUUAACUAGUACGGAUCGACAGUUUUAGUUUUUCAAGGAGAGCCAAGCAGUGACGUGUACAGUAAAUGUUGGAAUGAAAUGAAAAUAAAUCUUGCUGUGUGUAAAUUAUUCAA